AAAAGUUCCAACUGUUGAACAAACAAAGGCAGAACCUCUGCGUGUGUUUGAAACUCUCUACAGAGUCCCUCAUCCGUGGGAUGAACGUGAAAGAUCUUUGGAACGCGCUGCUGCUUCUUCUUCUUCGGGUUCCCCGUUGCCAUUGAAACGGCAUCCUACACAAAGACAAACAGAACGGACCACACGUUGGGUGAUUUACAGCAGAAACAAAAGACAACACAAACACUCACAAGAUGUCUGGAGCUGAGCAGCGGACUCUCCUGGAGCGCAACAUGACGAGGGAGACGUGGUGCCGGGUGGAGGUGAACCCCCAGCAGUACCGGGAGAGGGCCGAGAGGAGACACUACCGGAGUCACCUGCGCACCAGCCCGGACCUCCUCGCCGCUCUGACCGGCGGAUCGCAGCGCGCGUCGGCCCGCAUCGAGUGGCCGACCGCCUCCAAGCUUGCGGAGAGAAAGCACUUCGAAGACAGCAGUAUCAAAGCCAUGUGACGUGUGAAGUCCCGCCCACCUGUUGGUUCCUGCAGACGGCAGGUGGGAAGGAGAAGAGGUAACCGGCCUUCACACCUUCCAGAGCGGCCGACGGCUUCCCCGCAAAGUUAUGAAGCAGAGCUCGACUGAUACCUGACGGAAAAUCCAGAGAAUGGUUACGUCCAAAUGUCUUAGUUAUUACGUCCGACGUGACGAAGAGGAGCGGGACACGCACCGUGUUCUCUCAUGGUCUGUAUGGUGACCUUAGCGGCGGAUCGUGAGUGGACGUUCCUGUGCAGAAAACAGGAAGCAAGAGUUUGAAUUUAUUGUGUUAUUAUUAUAUUAUAUUACAAUCAGCAUGAAAACAAGUUCGCU